AUGAAUGUGAGGACCCUGGAUAACACUGAAGAUCAAUGGGACCUUGGUGUGCAUCCAGUGGAGGCCACUGAUGAUGCAUUCUGGGAUCAGUUCUGGGCUGACACAGCUACAUCCAUCCAGGACGUGUUCACCUUGGUGCCAGCAGCUGAGAUCCGAGCAGUCAGGGAGGAGUCACCCUCUAACUUAGCCACCCUGUGCUAUAAGGCAGUUGAGAAGUUAGUCCAAGGUGCUGAGUCGGGCUGUGCGAGUGACAAGGAGAAACAGAUUAUUAUUAACUGCACUCAGCUCCUGACCCGCAUCCUGCCUUAUAUCUUUGAGGAUCCAGACUGGAGAGGCUUCUUUUGGUCAACAAUUCCAGGAGCAGGCCGUGCUGGGGCUGAUGAAGGAGAUGAUGAGAAUGCCCGGCCUCUCGCUGAAUCCCUCUUACUGGCCAUCGCUGACCUUCUCUUCUGCCCAGACUUCACCGUCCAGAGUCACAGGAAGUCUGGGCCGGAGACUGCUGAGGAUCUUCAUUGUAUUGACAGCUGUGAGUACAUCUGGGAGGCUGGGGUGGGAUUCGCCCAUUCUCCACCUCACAGCUACAUCCACGACCUGAACAGGACAGAGCUCCUGAAACUGCUGCUGACUUGUUUCUCCGAGGCUGUGUAUCUCCCACCCACUUCCGAGGGAAACAUUCUUAAUCCCUGGGUCCAGUUCUUCUGCUCAACAGAGAACAGGCAUGCACUGCCGCUGUUUACGUCACUGUUGAACAUUGUGUGUGCAUAUGACCCUGUGGGAUAUGGCAUUCCGUACAACCACCUGCUGUUCUCCGACUACCGGGAGCCCCUGGUGGAGGUGGCUGCCCAGGUCCUCAUCGCUACCCUGGACCAUGAUGCCUCCACCAGCCUGAGCCCAUCUGUGGAUGGGACCACAACAAGCACGGCCAUGGAUGAUGCAGAGCCUCCUGGUCCAGAGAAUCUGUUUGUCAACUACUUGUCUAGAAUACAUAGGGAGGAGGAUUUCCAGUUCAUUCUGAAAGGCCUGGCUCGUUUGUUAAACAACCCAUUGCUUCAGACGUACCUACCUAACUCGACCAAGAAAAUUCAGUUCCAUCAGGAGCUGCUGGUUCUCUUCUGGAAACUCUGUGAUUUCAACAAGAAAUUCCUUUUCUAUGCCUUGAAGAGCAGUGAUGUCCUGGAUGUCUUGGUGCCCAUCCUGUACUAUCUGAAUGACGCCCGAGCAGACCAAUGUAAGCUCUCCUCAGACCCACGCUCUGCAACCUACAGCACUCUGUCACUUCCAUUCUCUACUGAGUAGCUGAAAGGACAUGGUCAGCUGUGGGAACCAGCACAUUUGAGUGAAGGAAUGAGUGCUGUGGUAUAUCAGAGGGUGGCAGGGUUUACUUUGGAUGCUGCGACCAUCCUGAGAUGCAGCUGGCUUGCUAGUCUAACUGGUGUUUUUCCUGAUGGUUAAAUUUGUCUGUUUUGGAGCUAAUUCUUACAUCAGGCACAGUCGCAGUGUGGUUGCGAUACUGGACCAAUGAUCCAGAGGCAACUGAGGAAUUUACCUUAACUUGCUGGGUGCUUUUGGUGAGUUCAGACCUGCAAUAAUGUGAUUAAUUGUUAGCUUCUAUCUGAAAUAGCUUAGUAAACCACUUGAUUAUA